AUGGCUACGCCGUAUGUUGCUGGUGUUGCGGCGUUGUAUAUCUCCAAGCAUGGCGGGAGGGGUGUUCAUGGGAAGGGGUUUGCGAGGGAGUUGAGUAUGAGGAUCAUAUCAACAGGAGCAUCGUUGCCUUGGUUGUUGUAUAGUGGUGAGGCAGAUGAGGCACAUCGAGCGACGUCGCAGCAGGUUGGCGGUGGGCUUAUUAAUGCUGGCAAAGUUGCUGGGUAUCGAACGAGCUUGGAGUUGGCGAGGUUUGGGUUGAAUGAUACUGCGAACUUCCGCGCGGAUCAAGGGGUUCUUGUUAGAAAUGGCGGGAAUGAGACGGUGAGGUAUAGCUUCGAGGUUGAGAACUGGGCCGGAGUUGAGAUGCUCAAGGCGUUUGAUGGACGGGAUCCCGGGGAGACGCCGAGGAUUAAGUAUAGAGCAGAGAUUGUGCCUAGUCAUAUCUCGGCGAGGGUGACGGUGCCAGAACAGUUUGUCUUGGGCCCUGGAGAGGAGAGACGAGCAGAAUUCAUCUUUAAGGCGCCAGAGGGGGUUAACCAAACAGCGCUUCCGGCCUACGGCGGUCGCCUCUUGGUCAAGGGCGGCAACGGAGAGACUGUCGCCGUUCCCUACCAAGGGCUCGCUUUCGACUUGCAGAAGCAGAUGGAGAGUCCAUUUCAUGGGACCUACCCAUGGUUGAGGUCGACGAGCGCGUAUGGCAACAAGACGACCUUCAGUUUUGAGCUCGCAAGUGGCAACCAGGACUUUCCCAUGAUGUUCAUGAAGGUCAAAUGGGGCACAAGAGAGGUUCGGUGGGAUAUUUAUAAAUCCGACUUUGACGAGGCCAGAGACUGGGAAUACCCUCCCGUGUCGGGACGACAUGGCUACAUCGGCUCAGCGACGUCCUGGUCGUCUGCCGGUAAGACGUCGAGCUUUAACCCCGCUCGUCACAACGCCAGCGAUACUUUCUCGUUUCCAGAGACUGAUGUCGCGAGGAACGCGCUGACGACCGGCGGAUUCACGACGGCGUACUAUUGGUUUGGCAAGUUGGGCGACGGAAGCGUCAUGGCACCGGGCAAUUACACAAUGAGGUUUGCGGUGCUGCUGCCGUUUGCUGAUCCUCAGCAAAGUGAGAGUUGGAAGGGGUUAACGACCCAGUUCACGGUUUUGCCAAAGGCUGGAAACAGCACGAUUAGCUGGUAUUGA